AUGGCAUCACAAACCGUGCUCAACGGAGUCAAUGGCCACUCCUCCUCCUCAGUGUUGCCGGCGGUGCCUCUCCCGUCAAGCUUCACGAUACAACCCCAGGACGAGCGACUCAAGCGCUGCUCGUUCAAAACGGUCAGUUCUCCCGCUCAAGCGGGCGCUGCUCCGAGCACGACGAUCCCGCCGCUCAGCGUGCUCUCCAACUUCGCGGGUACGUUCCAUGGGACGGGGUUCAACACCAUCUUCCGCCCCAACAGCGGUGUCACGGGCGACAACACGACGUUCCCCAACGCAGUCACUCCGGCGCCGCCGGCCGUGCCCAACGACAACACGCUGGAGCUCAAUCUCACGCAAGAGACGUUGCAGUUCCAUCAGCCUCUGGGCAACGUGCCCAACCGCGGGUUCGGCACGCAGGGCGACAUCUUCCUCAACGGGGUGCCGUACACGCAGAUCAUCAAUGACGUGGUCAACCCGGCGACGGGCAAGGGCGACGGGGUCCCCUCUGGGAUCCAUUUCGAACCGGGUCUGUGGAUGCACGUCCCCGCGACGACCUCGGACCCUGUGGUGCCGGAGUCGCUGAACCGCAUGGGCUCGAUCCCGCACGGCACCACGAUCAACGCGCAGUGUCUGGACCCGACCUCGACGGUGGGCACCGUCGCGGGCCCGCCCACCAUCCCGGCCGUGGACAUCACGCCCACCAUCAUCGCGACGGGCAAGACGGCGACGUUCCCUUCCCAGACAGCCACCAACACCGACACGGCGCGGCUGCCGCAGGACCUCACCAAGUUCAUCGCCGCGGGGACCAUCACGCAAGCCAUCCUGAGCGACCCGGCCACGGUGCUCCGCAACGCCAUCGUGGGCCAGACCAUCACCCAGACCAUCUUCUUCACCGUGUCGACCACGCCCGCGACCCCGGAACUCGGCGGCGGCGUCGCCAACACGGGAUUCCUCAUCGGCGCCACCGCAGGCACCACCGGCACCGGCACCGGCACCGCCCAGACGGGCCCCAACGCCCAAGCGACCACCAUGACGGCAACCUUCUGGAUCGAAACCGUGCAGUACGAGCUGCAAAUCCCCGCCUGGAAGCCCGGCCACCCGGCCAUGCUGAUCCAGGCGCCCGUGCCCCAGGGCAAUACCAGCGGAGUGCCCACGCCCACCUUCCUGGUGCAGCCGCCGCACGAGAUCACCUCGCCCGUCACCAUCACCGUCCAGGCCACCCAGAUCCAGUACUCGCAGCUCGUCAACCUCGUCUUUGCGGGGCUGAUUUGGCCGCACUCGUCCCAUGCGACUUUGGUGCCUCAGGCUCCCGUCCCCGUGCCUGCCUCGGCGUUUGGUAAUAUCAGCAACAAGAUCGCUGCUAAUGGGAGCUAG